UUGCGCUGUGUUGAAUUUGAAUCAAGCGCGAUUGAUUUGUCACUUCCGAAAUUUUGAUCCGAUUUGGUGCUUGGAUUGUGCAGAGCUUGAGCGAAGAGGGUGACGGGACGACGGACAAGAUGGGCAAGCAGGAUGACGACGUCUCCCGCGCCAUCGUGGAGGACGACACCGCGCUCCUCCUCGCGGCGGUGGACAGCAUCAAGAAGGCGGCGCUGGGCCGGCUGCGCAACGGCUCCGACGCCGCCAGGAUCCUCGAUCAGGAGAUGUCCAACAGGCUCCUCCACCUCGCCUGCAGGCACGACGCCGUCGAGUGUGCCAGGCUCCUCCUCGACGGGGAGUACGGGAUCACGCCGGCCUCCGUCGACGCCAGGGACCAGCUCACGCGGACGCCGCUCCACGUCGCCGCCGACGUGCACUUCAAGAGGUGCAUCCAGCUGCUCCUCUCCAGGAACGCCCGGACGGACGUCAGGCUGCUCGACGGCACACGCCUCGUCGCGCUCGAGGUCGCGCUCAUGAGCAGAAGGGUUCAAGUUGAUUGGUCACAGGACAACUCGGUCGAGGAUCUUCUGGCUUAUCUGCAACAAAAGGAUCUGAACGCGGUGAGGCUUCUGGCAGAGAAGACCAGGGAGGUUGGGGAGGUGGCUUACAGAUACGCCAUGGAGGGGCGUGUCUCUGCACUCGCAAUGCUGCUCCUGGUGGCUGAGGAAAGGAUAUGGGUGAUGGUGAGCGUGGUGAUUGAUGGCGUCAGGACAAAGAGAUCAAUCUACAACUCUGUUGUGGAUGAGGUUCUGUCGAUUGGAGAGGCUUCAGCUAGAGUGGGCAAUGAAAUGAGGAGGAAAGCCUUGCUCUGUGAGAUUCAGCUGCUUAACCAAUUUGGGGCCACGUCGUGGAGGGACCGGAAAGUUGACAGGAGAAGCUUGCCCCCUGCCGGAGAUAUGAAUGUUACAAAGAUGCUUCUGAUGGGGGAUGUUGAUGUCAAUGAAACCGACCCCGAAGGAAACACGGCACUUCACUGGAUGCUCCUGCUGAAGAUGGUGCCGGAGUUUUCCAGGGGAAUAAACUAG